CCAACAACCCCUGUCACAAACAACAGCUAGAGUAUUUUAAAAAUUACGCACCAAUGAGUUUAAACGCGUCUCGUUCAUAAUAUUUUAAUAAAACUCAGUGCUUUGAUGUAGAAUACAACUGAUAAAUUUUAGAGGGUUGAAAUUAUUCGAUUAAGAGUGUUUUCGCUAUAUUUUGUGAGAUAGUCAAUCGUUGAUUAACUUAUUGCUGUGUUUAUUUUGUAUAUGUAAAAUUUAAUAACUUUUUUAAUUGCGUUUUUUUAGCACUUGGUAAUUUUAAUUGUGUAACUGAAAUCAUUUUUAGGAUGGGUUCUUCCAAAAAACAUAAAGAGAAGCGAGAUAAAAAGAAACAUAAGAAACGGUCUUGUUCUAGGGAAAGAGAUCACAAAAAGGCUCAUAAAUCCAGUCAUCGUAAGGAUAAACAAAAGAGCCCUGAUAUAGCUGAUUUUGAAGAACAAGAUGGAAAGAGUCAAUUUGAUCCCAGUGAAAUGUCUGAUGUGCUCCGUGAACCUCAUAAUAUUGAUAGUCGUGACUCGGACAGCUCUCGCAAACGGAACGUAAAUUUAGAGGAUGAAUUUGAUGUCGAUAAACUGUUGGAUGAAAAACUCACCGAAAACAAAGAAAUAACCUCUCCUUCUAUACGUGCUUCUAAAAAACGCCGUCGUGAAGCUGCGAUAGAGGAAUUGCGGAAAAGAAGCAAACUUGACACGAAUGAGGAUUCUCUAGAAAAAUUCGCUCAGGAACAGCUUUUAGAAGAGCAUAGUUCAGAAGAAGGUAGAAAAAGUCGUCCGUCAUCAGAUAUUCCCUUCUUAGGAAGUGCUGUUGUUAAGGAAGAGCUAGAAUCUGAUGACGAAGAUUAUUCUGAUCGACAAUCUUUGAGUAUGCGUGAAGCAAAUAAAGGGAGAUCUAAGUUAGGGCAGAAGCCUUUAGAUGUUGGUAAAGAAAAAUCUGUGUCUUUGAAUAAAUUAGAAAAGAAAGCAAGUAUGUUACGAGCCAAGCUUGGGUUUAAGCCUAAAGAUACAGUUGCACAAAAAGCUUAUGAUGAAGAGGAUGUGCUUGAAGCUAAUAAACUCCGAGCUAAAUUAGGUCUUAUUAAAUCCGAAGAAGCCAAUCAUUCUUCUGCAUCUCUUGAUCCUGAUAUCAUUGAAGCUAACCGCUUGAGAGCUCAACUAGGCCUAAAACCUUUAGAUACUUCUGAGGAUAUUCCAGAGCGGAGCGAACCCCAGCUAUCAUUGAGCAUAUCUGACACUAACAAGCUGCGAGCAAAGUUAGGAUUAAAGCCACUUGAAGUUGGUAAUGAUAUUCCUGGCCUUGAAGACGGCGAUAAAGAAAUUUCGAAGCCUGCUGCUGAAAUUUUUGUCAAAACUGAAAAUAUCAGUGAAAAGAAAAAAUCUGAAGCACUGCGUGAAAAAUUAAAAGUCACAAAAGAGAAAAGGAAAAUUGAGAGUAAAUUAAGGAAUACAAAAGGAAUUGCUGAUACAGAUUCAGAAGAUGAAUCUGCUGCUUCAUGGGUUAUAAAACACCAGAAAUUAUUGCAAGAGAAAAAGGCUGCAGAAAAAAGGGCUAAACUUUUAGAAGAAAUGGAUAAAGAAUUUGGAGUUGGUGCUCUUGUAGAAGAAGAAUUCGAUAAGAAGGAGGUGUACUCAGCACAAAAUUUGAAAGGUCUCACUAUAGGUCAUUCUAUAACCUCAUUUCAAGAAGGUCGUGAUGUAAUCCUCACAUUGAAAGAUAAAGGAGUUCUUGAAGAAGAAGAUGAUGUAUUGGAAAAUGUAAACAUUAUAGACAGUGAAAAAUAUGCUAAAAAUGUGGAAAAUAAGAAGAAAAAGCCAGACUAUAGACCUUAUGAAGAACCUGAAUUUGAUGAAUUUGGAAUACUAAAGAAGAAAAAUCUUUUAUCUAAGUAUGAUGAAGAGAUUGAAGGGGAAAAGAAGAAGAGCUUUAAAAUAGGAACUAUGAAUAAUAGUUCUUUUGUCAGUAAAGAACAAGAGCUUGAACUCAUUAGAAUGAAGCUGAAGCAGCAAAAUGAAAUGUCUCUUGAAAUGCCAGAUAUGAAAAUUGCCAAUGAAUAUUAUACUCCUGAAGACAUGGUGCAGUUCAGAAAGCCAAAGAAGAAGAAGAAAAUCCGCAGAAAUAUACUGAAGGCAGACGAUUUGUUAGGAAAUACUAUGGAGGAGGCUGAAAGAGACUUUGGAUCUCGGAGAAAUCGAAGACAAAGGGAAAUGGAUUUUGAUGCCAUCCCAUCUGAGGAGCAUAGUAGCACUGGCAUUCCUUUAAUUGAAAAAGAGGAUGAAACAAUUUCAGAUUUAUCCAAGGUUGUUAUAGAUGAAGAAUCGGCUGAAAAAGAAUUGAGUGAUGCUUUACAUAAAGCUAGAAAAUUGAAAGAAAGGAAAAUAAUGGCUACUGCUCCUGAAAAAGUCAUUGAAAUAUUGAGUAGUGUAGAUGGAUCUGGGAAACUUUCCCAGAAGGAUAAAAGUGGAAAUAUUGAAAUGAAUUCUGUUGCUGAAUUUUGCCGUACUCUUGGGGAGAUUCCUACGUAUGGUUUAAGUGGCAAUCGGGAUGAAGAAGCUGAAGAUUUAAUGGAUCUGGAACAAGAACUUUUGGAGGAGCGUUCAAAAGAAAUUGAUCCCCAAAAUCAGGGAGCUUGGAAUGAAGUUGAUGUGGAUGAAAAACCAGCUGAAAUUUUGAUUAGAGAAAAUGAGCCUAUUUUAGAAGAAGAGCCUGAUAUAAGUUUAGGAGUUGCUGGAGCAUUGAAUCUUGCUACGAAAAAGGGGUACUUGGAUAAAGAAGAUACAAAACAUUCCAGUGCUCCUCGAUCUAGUACGCUUCAAGCACAGUCAUAUACUAUAGAGGAGAAAUUUUAUGAAGAUGACAAGUUUGGUAAACGUGACAGAUAUACAGGUCCUAUUCAAGAUUUUAAAGAAAAAAAUAAUUACAAGCCAGAUGUAAAAUUAGAAUAUAUUGAUGACAGUGGACGUUUGCUAACUGCAAAAGAAGCAUUUCGUUAUCUUUCUCAUAAAUUCCAUGGGAAAGGACCUGGCAAGAACAAAGUGGAUAAAAGAAUGAAAAAGUUGGAUCAAGAUAACAGAUUAAAACAAAUGAGUUCAACAGAUACUCCCUUAAACACUGUUAAGUUGCUCCAACAGAAACAAAAAGAAACACAAUCUCCAUAUAUUGUACUCAGUGGUGGAAACAAAACACUAACCCAAACGAUGAUAUCAAAGACAAAAUCCUGAAAAGUGUAUGUUUUUCACCAGCAAAAUACUAUAUUAUGAAUCUGUAUAUAAAACAAUUGCCUAAGUUA